UUUGGAGCAGAGGUUUUAAUUUUGACCACAUCUUUAUUCACAUAAAAUUCCAAUCAAUUGUCUAUUAAUUACUCGUUAAUCAAACAUUUCCACAUUCAUAAAUCUUCGCUCUCCUCCUCCACAAACACAAUCAUAAGUUAUUAUUUCUCAGCUUUCUACCGAUUACUCCCUUUUCUGCUGUGCUUCAACAAGGAAGUUGCAGUCAAACAUUGAUAUGUGAGAAGUAUAUUAGGGAGUUAGCAACUUUGUGAAGGACAUUAAAGAUGUCUUGGAUUGCUAAUCUUUCAUGUUCAAAUCCUUCACCUUCCUCAUUGUUACAAUGGGUCAAAUUCAUAUUUCUUUCUCCAUGUCCUCAAAGAGUUCUGCUUAUUUCUAUUGAUGGCAUCUUCUUGGUUACCCUAUUUGGUGUUUUUCUCUACAAUUUCAUCUAUAAGGUUGUCUUGGGAAACCGUCAAGCCUCGAGCAUUAGGAAGAACUCGGAAACUAUGAACCGAGCUCGUCUUCAGACAAAUGUUUUGUAUAAACUAUCCCUCAUUGUAACAAUUUUGUUAGCAUGUAUUUAUUUACUGAUUGCUAUCUUAGCUUUUGGUAGUAAAACUCAUGAUUUUUCUUGGAAAGUUGUGGAUGGAACAUUUGGGAUUGUUCAAGUGUUAACUUAUGUUGCAAUAGUGAUCUUGAUUGCUCAUGAGAAGAGGUUUGAGGCAGCUAAGCACCCGUUCUUGGUUCGAGUAUAUUGGGUUGCUAGCUUCUUAAUCUACACCUUGUUUGUUGCUUCGAGUUUGAUCCGUUUAAUUUCAUACAAUAAAGAUGUUGGAUUUGAUUAUUUAAGGUUGGGGGAUAUAGUGUCCUUUGUUUCUUUUGCUCUCGCGGUUGUACUUCUUGUGGUUGGGAUAAGAGGUUCAACAGGCAUAAUGGUAGCAAGACAUGAGGCAUCAUCACUAGACAAUGGAACUUCACUAAGUGAACCACUUUUAGAGAAAUCGGUUGUUAGUGGUUUUGCCAAUGCUUCAUUUAUAUCAAAGACCUUCUGGUUGUGGAUGAACCCCUUACUUAGUAAGGGAUACACAAAGCCUCUUACAGCAAAUGAUGUACCAUCCCUUUCACCACAGCAUAGAGCUGAGGUAAUGUCAGACCUGUUUGAAUCCAGGUAUCCUAAGCCACAUGAAAAGUGCCAGAACCCGGUUAGGACCACUCUUUUCAGGUGUUUUUGGAAGCAAGUUGCAUUCACAGCUUUCUUAGCAGUAAUUCGGGUUUGUGUCAUGUAUGUUGGUCCUGUACUAGUUCAGAGAUUUGUUGACUUUACUUCGGGUGUAGGAAGUUCUCCGAAUGAAGGGUAUUACCUGGUCCUCAUUCUUCUUGUUGCAAAGUUGAUAGAGGUAUUGACUUCACAUCAAUUCAACUUCAAUUCUCAGAAGCUUGGGAUGCUAAUUCGUUCGACCCUCAUCACUAAUUUGUAUAAGAAAGGGCUAAAGUUAACAUGCUCGGCAAGGCAGAAUCACGGUGUUGGACAAAUCGUGAAUUAUAUGGCUGUUGAUGCUCAGCAACUGUCUGAUAUGAUGCUGCAGCUUCAUGCUGUUUGGUUGAUGCCUCUGCAACUUUCUGUGGCAUUAGCUCUUCUCUACAACUAUCUCGGUUUAGCUACCAUUACCGCAUUUAUUGGAAUCCUUGGAGUUUUAUUGUUUGUUUUCCUUGGUACAAGAAGGAACAAUAGGUUUCAGUUCAAUUUGAUGAAGAAUCGUGACUCUCGAAUGAAAGCUACCAAUGAGAUGCUUAAUUAUAUGCGAGUGAUCAAGUUUCAAGCAUGGGAAGAGCACUUCAAUAAGAGAAUCCAAUCAUUUCGGGAUGCAGAGUAUGGUUGGCUAUCUAAGUUCCUGUAUUCUAUAGCAGGCAAUAUUGUGGUGAUGUGGUCCACUCCUGUACUGAUAUCCAGCUUCACAUUUGGCACUGCAAUCCUUUUAGGGAUCCCGCUUGAUGCAGGGACAGUAUUCACUACUACAACAAUCUUUAAGAUGUUGCAAGAGCCAAUCAGGACUUUCCCUCAGUCUAUGAUUUCAAUUUCACAGGCCAUGAUUUCCCUUAAAAGGCUUGAUGAUUUUAUGAUGAGUAGGGAAUUGGUGGAAGAGGUGGUGGAGCGAAUUGAGGGCUGCGACGGUGUGACUGCCGUACAGGUCGAAGAUGGUGUCUUUAGUUGGGAUGAUGAAAGUGGAGAAGAGGCACUGAAAGAUAUAAAUAUAGACAUAAAGAAAGGGCAGCUUGCUGCUAUUGUUGGUACUGUUGGAUCAGGAAAGUCAUCUUUGCUUGCUUCGAUCCUUGGUGAAAUGCAUAAAAUCAAAGGAAAGGCAAGAGUUUGUGGGACUACAGCUUAUGUAGCACAAACGUCGUGGAUACAAAACGGAACCAUUGAGGAGAAUAUUGUGUUUGGUUUGCCUAUGAUCAGAGAGAAAUAUAGAGAAGUUUUGAGAGUUUGCUGCUUGGAAAAGGAUAUGGAAAUGAUGGAAUUUGGGGAUCAGACUGAGAUUGGAGAACGUGGCAUUAAUCUCAGUGGUGGGCAGAAGCAACGGAUACAACUUGCUAGAGCUGUCUAUCAGGACUGUGAUAUUUAUCUGCUUGAUGAUGUUUUCAGUGCUGUUGAUGCUCAUACUGGAUCAGAAAUAUUUAAGGAAUGUGUAAGAGGAGCUCUAAAGAAUAAAACAAUAAUACUUGUAACCCAUCAAGUGGACUUUUUGCAUAAUGUUGACCUUAUCAUGGUCAUGAGAGAUGGUAUGAUUGUGCAAGCAGGAAAAUACGACAAUCUUUUAGAAGCAGGCACAGAUUUCAAUGCACUUGUAGCUGCCCAUGAUACAUCUAUGGAACUUGUUGAAGCAGGCAAUAACACGGAGCUUCCAGAAGAUUCUCCACAGCAACAGAAAUCUCCUAGAGAACCUACUCACAGCGAAGGUAAUGGUGUGAGCAAUUCAUUGCAAAGAUCUAAGUCAGAUGCAACACAGAAAUCAGAAAAGGGAGAUGCUAAGCUCAUAAAGGAGGAAGAAAGAGAAACUGGAAAAGUCAGUUUACGUGUAUACAAGGAUUACUGCACAGAGGCUUUUGGAUGGUGGGGUGUAGUUAUGGCUUUGAUGUUGUCUUUGCUGUGGCAAGCCACUGUAAUGGCUGGUGAUUACUGGCUCGCUUAUGAAACUUCUGCAAAACAUGCCUCUAUCUUCAACGCUUCUUUCUUUAUCAGUAUUUAUUCUAUGAUCGCUAUGGUUUCUGUUGUGUUAGUCCUUGCAAGAUCCUUCUUUAUCACAUUGUUUGGGCUGAAGACUGCCCAGAUUUUCUUCUCUCGUAUUCUUCACAGUAUUCUUCAUGCUCCCAUGUCAUUUUUUGAUACUACUCCUUCAGGAAGAAUUUUAAGUCGGGCAUCCAGCGAUCAGACCAAUGUUGACGUGUUUGUGCCUUUUGUUUUGAACCUUACAAUUGCAAUGUACAUCACACUGCUUAGCAUCAUCAUUAUCACUUGCCAGUAUGCUUGGCCAACUGUGUUCCUCUUGAUUCCGCUAGGGUGGCUAAAUUUAUGGUACAGGGGAUAUUAUCUUGCAACAUCACGUGAAUUAACUCGCCUUGAUUCUAUCACAAAAGCACCUGUGAUCCAUCACUUCUCAGAAAGCAUUUCUGGCUUCAUGACAAUUCGUUGCUUCAGGAAGCAGGAUAAAUUUAUUCAAGAAAAUGUGAAUCGGGUUAACGCAAACUUAUGCAUGGAUUUUCACAACAAUGGAUCAAAUGAAUGGUUAGGUUUCCGUUUGGAACUGCUUGGGAGUUUGCUGCUGUGUUCAUCAGCCCUAUGUAUGAUCCUGUUGCCUAGCAGUAUCAUUCGACCAGAGAAUGUUGGUUUGUCGCUAUCGUAUGGAUUGUCCCUCAACUCUGUGCUGUUCUGGGCUAUGUAUACCAGCUGCUUUGUAGAAAAUAGAAUGGUUUCAGUUGAGAGAAUAAAGCAGUUCACUGGAAUCCAAUCUGAAGCUGCAUGGACUAUCAAGGACCGCCUUCCUCCUCCAAAUUGGCCAACCAAAGGCAACGUUGAGCUCAAGGACUUGCAGGUCAGAUAUAGGUCCAACACCCCUCUUGUACUGAAGGGGAUAACAUUAAACAUCCGAGGAGGAGAGAAAAUAGGCAUUGUUGGACGAACUGGGAGUGGAAAAUCAACUCUUAUUCAAGUGUUCUUUAGGCUUGUUGAGCCUUCAGCUGGGAAAAUUAUCAUUGAUGAUAUUGAUAUUUCAAUGUUAGGUCUUCAUGAUCUUAGGUCUCGAUUUGGUAUUAUUCCUCAAGAGCCUGUUCUCUUUGAAGGUACUGUACGGAGCAACAUCGACCCCAUUGGUCAAUACUCAGAGGAGGAAAUCUGGAAGAGCCUUGAACGUUGCCAACUUAAAGAUGUAGUGGCUUCCAAACCCGAAAAACUUGAAGCUCCUGUGGCUGAUGAUGGAGAAAACUGGAGUGUAGGGCAAAGACAACUUCUUUGUCUAGGUCGUGUGAUGUUAAAGAAAAGCCGGCUUUUGUUUAUGGAUGAGGCAACUGCUUCUGUAGAUUCUCAAACUGAUGCAGUGAUUCAAAGGAUCAUUAGGGAAGACUUUGCGGCUUGUACAAUCAUCAGCAUUGCUCAUAGGAUACCCACAGUUAUGGAUUGUGAUAGAGUUCUUGUUGUAGAUGCAGGAAAAGCAAAAGAAUUUGAUUCACCAGCAAGGUUGCUCGAGAGGCCAUCACUUUUUGGAGCAUUGGUACAAGAAUAUGCAAACCGGUCAUCUGGUCUGUAGACUGUAGUCUCAGUCUGAAGUCUCUACUACAGCCAUGCAUAUAUCUUCGCUGUGAAGGCGAAUCUUUCAUCAUCUGAAAAUGAAUGCUUAAAAUUUUAAAAUUCUGAGAUGAUGCUGUGUCACUGCAUACAAGCAACAAGCAGCUGAUGUUUUUGAGCUUCAAGGUCUUUUGAUCAGUUUACUGCUGAGAUAACUACUAAUGAUAAACAUCUCACCAGGCCAUUUUUGUACUGAUGCUGCUUUUUUUGGGAAUGGGGAUAAAAAAUACUAAUUGUAAGGUAGUUUUGUAUUAAAAACUCUACAAUAAACAGCGUGUAUUGUGUAUUGUUAUGUACUACUGAUGUAAUAAACAGCGUGUACCUACCGCUAUGCACACAAAUAGCAUAAUUCUUUAUCUCCGUGAAAGAGAUCAAUAUAUUGUCUUUCGCGAAAA